AUGAAGGUUUCCACUUUGACUAUUAUUUGCUCAGCAAUCCUUUCCGUUAACGCUAAGGCAUUCGAUGGCUCUAAGAAAUUGGGUGUCGUUAAAAGAGCUGACGGUGACUCGUCAUCAGACGCUGCCGCUACCGAUGCAGAUUCUACUGGUGACUCAGAUGCAACUGCUACUGAUGGUGGUGCUGAUGCUACUGAUGACUCUACCGCUACUGAAGGAGGUGCUGAAGAUACCGAUGAAUCAACUGCUACCGAUGGAGGUGCUGAAGACACUGACGAUUCAAGUGCUACUGAGGGUGGUUCCGACGAAACCGAUGACUCCACAGCUACUGAAGGAGGAGAUGAAGAAACCGAUGAUUCAAGUGCUACCGAAGGAGGUUCCGACGAAACUGAUGACUCUACAGCUACUGAAGGAGGAGAUGAAGAAACCGAUGACUCCACUGCUACUGAAGGUGGCUCAGAUGAAACCGAUGAUUCUACCGCUACUGAUGACUCCGAAGAAACUGAUGACUCUGGUGCUGUAGGUGGAGGUGGAUCCAGUGGAAACUCAACUGGUGGUGCUGGUGGAUCCGGUAACUCAACUGGUGGUGGUGACAGUGAAAGUUCCUCUUCAAACGCCGGUAACGGUCUUUUGACCAACCCUGGUGCCGGUAUGGUUGCUUUCGGUGCAAUUGUUGGUGCUUUGUUGAUCUAA